ACCAAUGAAACAACAUCGUUUUGACCAUCCAUUCAAUGAGUGGUUAAAAGAGAAGUGGUGACAGAAACGGCAAAAACACGCAAAGUUCUAGCAAUGGAGGCGAGACUCUCUGCAUCUUUGGGUCUCCCUUCUCCUGACCCAAAUCACCAUCUGCCAAUAACCACCGACUUCCCUUACCUUUUCACCCAUUUCACCCCUCUCAUGUCCUCCACACAAAACACUCAAAAACCCCUCAAACCUUCCCAACAUAACCUCUCCUUUGCCUCAACCUCCAUUUCCGCAGAUCCUAAAUCAAAUUGGCCGAAACCCAAUUCCGUAGAACCCACCAAAUUUCUCAAAUUCCCCAAAUGGCUAGAACCCACAUCCAGAAACAGCCCCAAAGUGCAUACCCUAAUGAAAAACUUAUCCGUUUUCGAAAGAGCUCUUAUUGGUGCAGGUGGUGGUGGAAUUGCUGGUGCAUUUACUUACGUGUGCCUUCACCCACUGGAUACCAUCAAAACCAAAAUGCAAACCAAGGGUGCCUCAGAGAUAUACGCCAACACUUUCGACGCAAUAGUUAAAACAUUCCAGACAAAAGGUAUUCUAGGAUUUUACAGUGGAGUUUCAGCUGUUAUUGUAGGAUCCACUGCUUCUUCAGCUGUUUAUUUUGGUACAUGUGAGUUUGGGAAGUCCAUUUUGUCCAAAUUGGAGUAUCCAGCUUUGCUUAUUCCUCCAACUGCUGGUGCAAUGGGAAACAUUAUUUCAUCAGCUAUAAUGGUACCUAGAGAAUUGAUUACUCAAAGAAUGCAAGCUGGUGCGAAAGGAAGAUCGUGGGAAGUCUUGUUGAAAAUUUUAGAAAAAGAUGGGAUUUUGGGUCUUUAUGCUGGUUACUCAGCUACGUUGUUGAGGAAUUUGCCUGCUGGGGUGUUAAGUUAUUCCUCUUUUGAGUACUUAAAAGCUGCGGUUUUGAGUAAGACACAGCAGACUUAUUUGGAGCCAAUUCAGAGUGUUUGUUGUGGUGCUUUGGCUGGUGCAAUUUCAGCUUCUUUGACAACUCCACUUGAUGUGGUGAAAACAAGGUUGAUGACUCAGGUUCAUGGGGAUAAAGUUGCUGCUGCCAUGUAUAGUGGGGUUAAUGCAACGGUGAAGCAGAUUUUUAAGGAAGAAGGUUGGAUUGGUUUGACUCGGGGAAUGGGGCCUAGAGUUGUUCAUAGUGCUUGUUUUUCUGCUUUGGGGUAUUUUGCAUUUGAGACUGCUAGGCUUACAAUUUUGCAUCAGUAUUUGAAGCACAAAGAGAAGGAGCUGUCUGAAAUUAAUGUUGCAUCGGCAUGAUUUAUAGUUAUUGGUGAUAAUGCUAAUCAUUUUCUUUAUUUUGUUAAAUUUGUUUCCAUUGAGAGUAGUUCAAACAAACUGAUUUUUGGCACUACUUUAUCAUAUAUUUGGUAUACACAGGUUGUUUAUUGAUUAAAUGUUCAUUUUUUCCAACUAAUAAUAUAUUGCCAGCGUAAAAUAAGUUUGAUUAAUGCACCAAUGCAUGAAGAACCUUCUUUUUUCAAAUUACCUCAGAUUAAAUAUGCUGAAUAUUACUUUCUGGUUCUAGUACUCAGUACUAUCUCUACUACUCCAUGCACAUUUGGAGUCUUCACUUAAAGAAUAUGGACCAUUUAAAGUAAUAGUUUCAAGUUUCUAAGACUUCCAAGUCGACUAGGUAGUAAUGGCACUUUUCUGGUCUUUCUUUUUCUGGUCGUUUAGAUCAAUCUUGUAUGAAUUAGUGGCAUGCGAUUCUUUUAGUGAAUCCAUACACAGUGAUUAAUAGUGCUGCCGUCUGUAAUGUAGAUUCUUUUUAUUAAAAGGCAACUGUACACUUCACAAGUUGUCGUCCAUUUCCAUCAUGGGUAGAGGUUUCUGGUCUAAGAAGGGUGGAGAUAAAUGGGUCGUAUCGGUUUAAGACACAUGAUUGAUUAUGGUUUGUUAUUCUGUUUGAGAUGAAUGCAAUUUGUUGUUGUUUUUCCUCUAUAAAAUUUCCCUGUCAAGUUAUGCCUGGAGAGUGCUUAUAGAAUCAACCCACAAUAACUAGUUCUUAUUGUGUUUUUAGGUUUAGAAACUAACAUUAGCUACAAUUGUUUUUUUAUCUUACUUUGGCUGUCAAGUUUGUUGCAAAGUAUGAAAGCAAGGUACUUGCGUAUUUGUAGAACUUUACUGUUGUCCUGCUAGAUUAUUUGCCUAUUGCAUGAUGAGUGAAAAAUCAUCAACUUGUUUCUGAUGCUAGAAAAUGACAAUUUAAUUUAUAUUUAUAUGAGUACAUGCAUGAACGAAAGUAAUUCUCUCUGGUGUUGGCCGAUAUCACGUAAUUUAUCUCUAUAGAAACUCUAUGGAUUUGAUUCUCUUUGCAAAUAUUUCCAUGCUGUUGGAUGAUAAAUGGGAGAAAAUGGUUUCUUUAAGUCUCUGUAUGAGUUCAGUUUCAUUAUUUCUCAUGUGUCAGAUGGCUGUUGCUUUUGGUAUUCAUUGGAUGAAGUUGACUUGAAAAUUUCAUUUGAAUGGUGAUCAAAUAUGGGAAUGGAGAGGAGUCAUGGCCUGAACAUAAGCUUAAUAGAUAGUUUGUUCUGUAUACGACUAAAGCCUGCUUUCUUUCAGUAAGUACGGCGUGACAAAAGGCAAACUGCAUUGCUCCCAAAAUAUCAUUAUUUAGGUUCCAGGCGUUCAGUGGCUUUCGGAAUAUAGAAAGAAGGCUUGUACACAUGUAUGAAUGGGUUGUGCUCUGCUUGCAACAGAGGUUUUGGGAUUGAGAUAGACUUGCACCCCUAGCUUUUUACUUUCCCUAGAAAUGAUUGAGCCAGGAACUAGCUGUUGUGGAAUUGUAGAAUUUGUGAAAUAGAAUAGCAUAUGAUGCACACUCUAGGAUUCAGAGCAACAGGGAGAUAUUCUAUGAAGCGCAUAACUGGUCUGUUUUGCAUCUGUACAAUUUAUGGAAGGCAUGUUUGCAAGAUUUCAGUUGGUAAAAUAUGUAAUGCCCUAUCGUUCUUUUGGGAAAUAUGUAAUUCCCUUUUUGUGGAGAUAGAUGGAGGUUAAGGCAAAUGAAAGUGAUUCUUUGGAGGAGAUUUUGGGGUUUUAGGUGCAUGUGAGAGUGAUGAAAUGGGUGGAUAAGGGGUGAAAAUUCUAUUCGACCCUGGAAGUAAUAACACACGCUCCCAGCAUGGUAAAUGGGAAGCGUGAGGAUUUGAUUUCGGGGGACAAUUGCCUAUUGGCUAUUGAGAAGGCUCGAAAAGUCAGGGAGACCACAAAUCCUGCAUGGCAAUGGAGGAACCGCGACAAGUUUGCUACGCAGCAAAGCAAAGUAUGUUCAAGUAACAAAAAGUUGUUGGGAAUUAUAAAAUUGAACAACAUUUUUUAAAACCAAUGAUUGGUCUGC